UGCUCGUAUAAAUGUGUGCUAGUUAGCAUACUGACAGUUGUCAGGAGAUAGUUAAUGUACAAUGGUGUGCUAGUUAAACAGUCUUUAAAGUGUUAAUUUUUGGCAUUUAACUGCACUUCACACUCCGACACGGCAGGUGGCGCCACAUAGCCGUAAUAAAGGCAUCACAGUCAAAUAAUAUAAAGAAGAAGAAUUCAUUGAUGUACUGUGUUGUCUCCAAAAAGCCAUAAUAGACUUACUGCUUUAUUUUGUGCACAAACGGUGAAUAAGAGGUGAGUUAAAAUGAAGACAUUUGCAUUAGACUGACUGUCGAAGAGCUUAUUGAAGAAACAGUGACGUCGUCUCUUCUAACAAACAGCCGGUUGAAAAGACAGAGCAUGAUGAACAUGAAUUCUAGGGGCAAGAAGAGAGUCCUUUUGCCCAGCAGACCGUCCCCACCCACCGUGGACCACAUCCUGGAGGACAUCAGUGGCGCUGCUCCUACCGACCCGGUCUUCAGCAUCCUGGAGAAGCCUAAUGUGUCUUCGUGUCCCGAUGAAGACGUGGAGCGGACGUUCCAACAGUGUCGUCGCCACGUGGAUGUCAACCAGCAGCUGCAUGAUGCUAAGGUCCACUUGAUACGUCAGAGGGACGAGCUCCGAGCGUCGGGGGAGCGUCUGGACUGGGACGUGUCGGAGGUCAAAGGUGGACUACUCUGACCUACACUGAGUCAAACACUGACAUCUGACCUUUGAGCAUAUCAUCCGAACCUUCGUGUUGGCUGGUAGAGAUCCAAACCACAUGCUGGGAAUGUCCGAUCGAUGGUGAUGCACGUUAAGAUGGACACCUUUCUGGCUGCCCCUCUGAAACAUUCCCUUUUUAGGAUAAUUCCUGGCAUUUCAUGUGUUUUUUCUCACUUUUGCUUGUGCGUUGUUCAGGUCUUUGUUGUCAUGUGUGACACUCCUCUUAAUGAGUUGUCAAUAAAUGUCUCACAGCUUCUGGACAGCAA